GAUAACCUAAAUAAAUAUAAUGAAUCAUAUAAGAAGAGCCUCAGAAAUCUCACCAACUCUUUCUCUCUCUCUUCCAUUGCAUUGCUUCAUCUCUGUUUUUCUCCUCUACCUCCACCUCUUCUACUAUUCUGGUCUAUCUCUUACACACGCAAAUACGUAUAUAUACAUACACACAUUCACUUCAGAUUCUUGAUUUGGGAAAGAGAGAAGAUUCAAUAGAAAAACUUACUUAGUUCCUUGAUUUUUUUUUGCCUUCAAACCCUAAAGGGUAGUUUUCUAUAUAUAUUCAUUUAGAUUUUUUGUUUUGUAGUCUAAUGGAUCUAACAGACCGUCGUAACCCUUUUAAUAACUUGGUAUUUCCGCCGCCGCCACCUCCAACGAGGACUUUCACAAGCCCUAUUUUCCCACGAACAAGCUCCUCCGGCACGAGUUUCCCCAUUCUCGCCAUCGCAGUGGUCGGAAUCUUAGCCACUGCGUUCUUGCUUGUGAGUUACUACAUCUUCGUGAUCAAAUGCUGUCUUAACUGGCACCAAAUAGACAUCUUCCGCCGCCGCAGACGAAGCAGUGACCAAAACCCUCUAAUGAUUUACUCCCCUCAUGAAGUCAACAGAGGACUCGACGAAUCCGCCAUUAGAGCUAUCCCAAUCUUUAAGUUCAAGAAGAGAGACGUUGUUGCAGGAGAAGAAGAUCAGAACAAGAGCUCUCAAGAAUGCUCUGUUUGCUUGAACGAGUUUCAAGAAAACGAGAAGCUGCGGAUUAUUCCAAACUGCUGCCACGUGUUUCACAUAGACUGUAUCGACAUUUGGCUUCAGGGGAAUGCGAAUUGUCCCUUGUGUAGAACCAGCGUUUCUUGCGAUGCAAGUUUCCCUCUCGACCUAAUCUCUGCACCGAGCUCUUCCCCGGAGAACAGCCCUCCUUCUCGGAACCGGAACCUUGGACCCGGUAUGGUAUUAGGAGGUGACGAUGAUUUUGUCGUGAUCGAGCUUGGGGCCAGUAAUGGUAAUAACAGAGAAAGCGUGAGAGACAGAGACUUCCUUAUGGAACAAGAAAGGGUUGCUUUGGACGAGGUGGUAACCGGACACACCCCAAAAUUAAUCAGUACGUCGCCUAGAAACAUUGAUUAUCGAGCAAUGCAUAAGAAGGAGAGAAAAUUUCACAAAGUGAUAAGUAUGGGAGACGAAUGCAUCAAUACUCGAGGCAAAAAUGAGCAAUUUGGUGAAAUUCAGCUCAUAAGAAGAUCGAUAUCAAUGGAUUCAUCAGCGGAUCGUCAGCUGUAUCUGGCUGUGCAAGAAGCGAUUAGCAGGAGAAAGGAGCAGAUUCCUGUGGCCAGAGACGGUGGAGGUUAUACGGAAGAUAGUAGCAGUAGUAGUGGACCUAGUGGUAAUAACAGAGUGAUGAAGAGAUGUUUCUUCUCUUUUGGAAGUAGUAGAAGUUCGAAAAGUUCAUCAAUAUUACCAGUCUAUUUGGAACCCUAAUUGUAGCUUUUCUCUUCAUUCUUUAUUUUUAUAUUUUGAUUUUGUGUAUUUUAUUUGUUAUUUUUCUGAGGUGAAUUUAUAAAAGAUUGUCAUUGACGGUUGAAGUAGGAGAGACA